ACACAAAUAACUAAAACUGACUAGAAUUUGUGCACUGUAGAGGAUAGACUGCCGUCCACUGGAGAUUAUCACAGACCUGAGGACUUACCGGAACAGAAGGACCAUUGUUUUAUUGGAUCUGUUAAUUCCAAACUCUCAAGGUUGCAAAAAGCAAACCCUUGAUCGUCGGUCAGUAUUAUCAAACUUCGGGGGCAGAAUCUGUAGUGCCGCCCAAUAUUCUUGCUAUCAAAGCAUGAAACAAGAAGUAUUUCAAUAUUUGCUGUAUGAUGGAAUGAAUACGGAAGGCCAGUUAUUCAGGAUUAAAAAAAAUGAUGUGGUUCAUUUCGUUUUGGAUGUAUCUCUGAUUGGUUGCAAUAUCCGGUUUUUUAUUAAUUAUCCCGAUUCCGGCGUUCCAUUUCAGAGGUUGCAAUAUCGGGAGCUACCUUUGAAUAACCCAACUCUUACUGGCAAACAAUCGGAUUGUUUUGAUAGUUUUUUCGAGUUAAAAAAAAUAAGUGUCUGCGGAUCUUUUCACUUUUAUUUUUCAAAAGAUGGAUCUUCUCCUAGCCCUCCAUCAACCGCAACAUGUAUGAAAGAAAAUAUAGCUGGUUCGGGAUAUAUUAUCGUUGAUCCAGAUUUCACUGGUAAACAAGUUGUCACAGAGUCCUCAGGAAAUAUCCGUGGAAAAAAUUGGGAUUUAAGUGGCGUGGUUCUUCAGUCUUAUUUGUCUAAAAAUCUUGGAAUAUUCCCUGAAUGGGAGUCAAGACUUCAUACAGUCAAGAAUGGUAGUUAUAAUAUGAUUCACUUUACUCCUCUUCAAGAACUUGGGUAUUCUCGUUCUGCUUAUUCUCUCAAAGAUCAACUCACGGUCAAUCCUAGCUUUACUCCACCUGGAGCAACGAAGAAGGUAGACUGGACGGAUAUUGAAGGCUUUGUCAAACAUUUGGAAAAUAAUUGGGCAGUACUUAGUAUGACGGACUUAGUUUUCAAUCAUACAUCAAAUGAUAGCCCCUGGGUUCACGAACAUCCUGAAUGUGCUUACAACGUUGUUAAUUCUCCUCAUCUGGCUCCAGCGUAUAUCCUGGAUCAUAUUGUCUGGCGUUUAACAAUAGAAGCCAGUACUGGAUCACUUGCAGGUCAUGGUAUCCCAGCAAUCUUAAACAAUCCAGAUAGUGAGCUUCCAGCUAUAGAAGCGUGGCUGACCCAGAAGAUAGAAGCAGCUAGGUUAUUUGAGUUUUUCAUAGCAGAUGUUGGUAUAGUAUCAAAAGAAUUCACUUCUUGGUUGAGGAAACAUGCAACAUUUCCUUCAUUCAUUUCACCGAAUGAUACUAACUUAUCUCUGAAAAUUGACGGGGCUAGAAAAGGAAGGCGAUUCGGGUCUACUGUUGAUUUCUCAAUAGCAUGUCGUGAAAUUGUAGGUAAAAAUGAGAAUGAACUUCCUCUUUCUGAAAAUGAGGCUGAAGCUGCUGGUGAAAAGUUACGAGUCAGGUUAAUAUCUCUAAAUUAUGACAAAGUUAAUGAAAUUAAGCAUCAUUUGCAAGCUGCCGUAGGAAAUGUCUUGGCAAAUGCUCGCUAUCGAUUUUACGAUCCUCAUGGACUUAAGCUUAAGCAAGUUACGCUAGAUACACCAAUUAUGUGGACGUACUUUUAUCAUCCAGUCCCUGACGUAGAAACCAUCGAAGAAGCUGAAGCAAUUUUGGAAACCAAAGAUGCCGCGAAAAUUAUGGCCUUUAAUGGAUGGGUGAUGAAUGAUGAUCCUUUGAAAAACUUUGCAGAACCUAGCUCAUUUGUAUACUUACGCCGUGAACUUAUAGUCUGGGGGGACUCAGUAAAGCUACGUUAUGGUGACAAACCAGCAGACAGCCCAUAUCUUUGGGAUAGAAUGACUAAAUAUACGGAGUUAACCGCAAAAAUAUUUCACGCAGUACGAUUGGAUAAUUGUCAUAGUACACCUCUUCAUGUAGCGCAAUACAUGAUUGAUAAGGCUAGAGCUAUACGACCUAAUUUAUAUGUGGUUGCAGAAUUAUUCACCGGAGGCGAAUAUGUUGAUAACAUUUUCAUCAAUAAAUUAGGUCUUAGCUCUUUAAUACGAGAAUCCCUAUCAGCUUGUGACUGUCACGAUUUAGGUCGACAAGUUCAUCGUUAUGGUGCAUCUCGACCUGCUGGAGCAUUUUUUGUACGAAAUAGUGCACGUCGUCUAUAUCCGAGUGUAUCGCAUGCUGUCUUCUAUGACCAAACUCAUGAUAAUCCAAGUGUAUUGGAGAAACAUUCUGUUUUUAAUUAUCUACCUUUAUCUGCAGUUGGAUCGUUUGCUUGUUGUGCAAUCGGUAGUACACGUGGUUAUGAUGAAUUAGUUCCACAUUAUAUUGAUGUAGUUAAAGAGGAACGUUUCUAUUCGCGAUGGCCUGAUCAAGUCAAUUAUAAUAUUGGUAUAAUUAAACCAAAAUCUAUUUUAAAUGAAUUGCAUAGUUGGCUAUCAUCUGAAGGAUUUUCUGAAACAUUUGUAGACCAAAUUACACCAAAUGUGUUGGGUGUGACACGUUUUUGUCCAGAAACUCGUGAAGCUGUCCUAUUGAUAACACAUACAGCUUUUCAUGAUCCUGGACCUAAUCCACACCAUUCAGAUUUUCAUCCAAUUCGGCUGGGUGGACGAGUGAAUAGAUUGUUAUGUGAAAUACUCUCGACAUUUAAAGGAGAUUAUCCACCACAGAAAGAUUUCAAAAAGAAUCCACAGUAUAUAAAUGGUUUAAUGUGUAUGAAUUACUCAAUUUUACAAAAUGUACCAGCCACUGAAAGUAAAACAUUUCACGUAGAAAGUUACUCAGAUGAACAUGGUGUUAUGGUGGAUAGUUUAUUAUUUUACAAUUUACCACCGGGAUCAGUUGUAGUUGUUUCGAUUAAAUUAGAUGAGAGCCAACAACAAGCCAUUGCUGAUUUACAUAAUUUCAUGUCACAACAGUUUGAUUGUCGUUUGUAUGAACCUCGAACAAGUCAAGCUAUGGGUAAAGGUGAAAAUGCCUAUAUUCCUUUAAGUUUACCAUCAGGAAAUAAUUCUUUACUAAAGCCGAAUUCGAUCAGAGUUCUUCUAGGCAAUAUGAAUUUAUUGGAGCUAAACAAAUUACUCUUCAGAUGUUCUUCUGAAGAAUUAGCAGAUGGAUGUAACUUUAGUUCGUAUCAAAUUCCUGAUUGGGGUUGGUUGGUUUAUUGUGGGUUCCAAAGUAUUUCAAACGUAUUGCAAGGAAUUCGUGAUCAAAAUGAUUUAGGUCAUCCAAUUUGUUCACAUCUUCGACAAGGUAAUUGGUUAGCCCAUUAUUUAACUGAACGUUUGGCAAAAUUACCAAGUAAUUCUAAUAAUCUUAUCACUGAAGCAAUUAUUCAAAUGAGUGAUAUUUUAAAAAUUAUGUAUAAACCUCUGUCAAAUAUCCCGAGAUAUUUAGUCCCUGCAUACUUUGAAGCAUUGACUGUUACAUUAACAGAAUUUAUUAAACUCGAGAUUACAUUACGAUUUGCACCUUGGAUAAGAAGUAGUUCAUCACUUGUGAAAAAAUUAGCAGUAGCAACUACUCAGUUUUACGGUUUUAUUGGAAAUAGUCGUCUGCCUGGACGUGUCAUCCAAUUUAAUAAAGAUUCUCAAAAUCCAGAAAUCGAAGCAAUGUUUUGUAGUUUAGCUGCAGGUUUGCCACAUUUUGCGGAAGGAAUGUGGCGUUCUUGGGGAAGAGACACAUUCAUUUCUGUCCGAGGUUGCCUUCUUCUAACAGGACGUUACCAAGAUGCUGCCAACAUUAUUCUCAGUUAUGCUAGUUUACUAAGACAUGGACUAAUACCAAAUCUUAUAGGAGAUGGUUACACUGUUAAACCAAGAUACAAUUGUCGUGACGCCGUUUGGUACUGGUUAUAUUCUAUCGUUAUUUACGAACAAUUUGUUUCAAGUACUAAAGAAUGCCGUCUGGAAGGAGAUAAUUCCUCUAGUAUUUUAAAUUGUCCAGUUUAUAGAUGGUUUCCAGAUGAUGAUACAGUUGGUUGGCCGGAUGAAUAUUUGACUAAUUCAUUAUCUAGUCAACGUAUACAACCCUUGCAUAAAACAAUGCAAGAAGCUUUGCAACGACAUAUUAUUGGUAUUGAGUUUAUCGAAAGGAAUGCCGGGCCAACUUUAGAUGAACAUAUGAAACCGGAAGGAUUUAAGGUUCAGGCCAAUAUUGAUUUGAAUACAGGAUUCCCUCGUGGUGGCAACGCUUUUAACUGUGGUACGUGGAUGGAUAAAAUGGGCAGUUCAUCAAAAGCUGGUAACCAGGGUAUACCUGCUACUCCUCGUGAUGGUUCAGCAGUCGAGUUAGUUGGCUUGGCGUAUGCAGUUGUAUCGUGGUUAGCAGAAUCCCAUAAUCAAGGUCCAAAUUACGCUGGCUAUUAUCCUCAUGCAGGUGUUCAACUGGCAACUGGUAAGGAACUUUCAUGGAAAGAAUGGUCAAACAUGUUGAAAAAUUCCUUCGAAUCGCACUUUUGGAUUCCGGAAAGCACAAAAGAACCUAACUUACUAUAUAAUAAAGGAAUUUAUAGGGAUUCUGUUGGUUCGUCUGGAGGAUACACAGAUAAUCAGCUACGCCCCAAUUUCCUUAUAACUAUGGUUGUAGCCCAUGAAUUAUUUACACCUGAACGGGCAUGGAAUGCACUGGAAAUAGCUCAACAACGAUUAACUGGUCCAUUUGGUAUGUGUACUUUGAGUCGAGAUGAUUUAGCUUAUCGAGGAUAUUAUGAUAACUCAAAUGAUAGCUGUGACUUUUCUAUAGCUCGUGGUUUUAAUUAUCAUCAAGGCCCAGAAUGGUUGUGGCCAACUGGAUACUAUCUACGCGCUCGUCUUAAAUUCGCUCGCAUGCUAGGCCAACUCGAUCCUAAAAAAUGGGGUCAUCUCACUCUCGACGUAACUACAGAAUGCCAGAAAACAUUUGCCAGACUGAAUCAGAGAAUGGAAUCAAGUCAGUGGUGUUCUCUUCCGGAAUUGACAAAUGCGAAUGGUCAGCUAUGUAAAGAUAGUUGUGAAGCUCAAGCGUGGAGUGUCGGUUGUAUUUUAGAAGCUCUGUAUGACCUCAUUUUCACACAGAACAAAUGAGGUACCCUAUACUCUACAACCACGUUAAUUAUCUUACUAUGAUUAUUAUAACACUAGUUCAGCAAUCCCUUAUCUAUAAAAUGUUAUCUUUAUUUUGAAAUUUUUAUCAUAGUUUUGAAUGACAGACUGUUUAAUUUUGUCCUAAUAUUUUAAACUUUUACAGGAUUUUGCCCAUUGUAGUUAAUUUUAACAGUCAAUUAGUACAUUAUUCAUUAUGCAACCUAGAUAAAUAAAAAUCCUAUCAUGUCGUCUCAUAAAUGCUUUUGCCAGUGUUCAUUGUUGUCUGAGUGCAAAUAGAUUAAACGACCAUCAUCAUAAACGAUAUCUAAGUGCUCUAAAAAACUAAUCCAACUGAAACACUUGAUAAAGCUUCAUGGACAUGAGGGUUCAAUAAAUUACAUACUCGCGCCUGUUACCCCUCGUAGAACAUAGACCCUCAGUAAGAAUUAUCCAACCAAAUAUGUCCUAGGCUCUCAUUUCCAGUUGUUUCUGAUACCUUUUCAUUCUUUUGACGUUUGCUUAUAAUUCCCGAAGCCAUUUGUUCAUUAGCUCACCUUUCUUUCCUUUGCCUUUAGGAUCCCAAGUUUUGAACAGACAUCGAACGUAAUUCUAAAUUCCUUUUUAACACAGUAGUUUGCAUGGAAGAUACGAUAAUGCUCCAUGAAAAAGUGAACUAAUUGCAUACAUAACAGCCUGCAAUAUCAUUUACGCUAGAAAAUUCUAUUGUAUAUUUCUGACUCAUGAUACUGAGCAUGUAAAUUACACGAGAAACUCCCCGUCACUGUUAAAGAAUCUUAACAUUUGUAAAUCUAAUUCGCUGUAGUUAUUAUGCUUUCUGGAAUACUUGUCAUUAUAAUGAUGGUAGGAAUAACCAAGCUACUUAUACUUGUCAUUCCUCGACCCAAUCAUAUUCUUUUCAACAAUGACUCCGGCAUUCAAUAUCUCACUGCAAUGUAUACCAUUUACACUCCUUCUACUUAGUCUAUUGACUUAUUUUUCUAGGCCUAUUGUAUGACUCCAUUAUUAUUGAAUGAUAACGUUAAUGAAAUACACAUCCCGCUAAAUCUCGUACAUAUUCGCGGGCUUAAUUUGCAUCAGUGAAUAACGGAAUAAAGUGGGCCGAAUACGAGAAUGAGUUUUGGAUACAUGUAUCUCAUUCGUCUGUAAACGCAGACAGACAGUAAGAGAGAAACUGAUCGAAGAAGGCAAACGUGGCAACUCAAUUUAAUGAAGCAUGACUCAAUAUUUAUCGUCAGACAGAAAAACCGACUAGAUGUAUUUGACGAAGAGAGUAAGUGAUAAAUGUUACAUCAUAGUGAAGACAUAGGUACGGGUAACUUCCGGAACCUACUAUUGGUCUUUUAUUAUAUAUAUAUUCUUAUUGUAUAACUGUCCAGUGAAUAGAUUAUAUAUAUAAACCAUGUCCUGCCAAAAUAUCCACGAGAAGUUAAUUUCGAUGAAGCUGUUAACAUUUUAAAUAAAAUGU